AUGCGCAUUCCGGGAGCUGAGAAUAGUGUACUCUCUCCUGUGCAGUGCGGCAAUGCGCGUUCCGGGACGCCGAGAAUAGUGGACUUUAAGUUACUUCGGUGCCCGGGGUUGCUUUCUGAAUUCUGUCGUUUUCAUGUCCAGCUGUGUUUAGCCGACCGUUUGCCGCUGCUCCGAGCUUUGGGGAGAAGGCGCGAUGGGAACGGAGAGAGGAGACGCGAUGCUGUAAGCUGGGCAACUGAACAGACUCCGAGCGGGAGUCCGAGGCCCAGGGUCUUCGGCGAGGCGAGGAGACGAGGACAGACCCGUGUGGAGUGUUUGGUCGAUCACCAAGGGUGGUCCCAUUCGAGGGUCGGCGGAGUUCGGAGGACAUCGACUGGAGGAAGGGAGACCCGGUUCUAUGAGGUGGUGGCUCUUUCACUGCACGGAUCCUACCAUGAGAAAAUUGUCACUCUCGGUGAUUCAUUGUUCAAUUUCAAAAGACUGAAGUCAUUAGACUUGUCAAGAAAUGCAAUUGUCAGUCUGGAGGGCUUGGAGUGUUUACAGGAACUGGAAAAAUUAAGCCUGUAUUUUAAUAACAUUCAGACGUUGAAAGAAAUUUCUAGCUUGCGCCAUCUGAUCCAUUUAACUGAACUAGAUUUACGGCUAAAUCCAGUUACAACGACUGAGGAGAAUUAUAGACAGUAUGUAAUUCGCCUCUUACCAAAUUUGAUGAAAUUGGAUCUCAGACCUGUCCGUGCAGCUGAGAGAAAUCCUGCCAAAUUUGCCUUCAUUUCUCAAGAACAAUAUCAGACAUCAGAAGUAGAUAAAAGGCAGGAGAGGUCAGGAAAUAGUUCUAUUCUCAUAAUAUACAUUUAUCGAAGAAUAUAGCUGGAUGAAUAAGUCAGCAGAUGAAGAAGGUCUUCAGUUAUGACACAGAUGAGCAGAAUUACGUGAAUCGAGCACAGAUGUGCAAGUGGGAUG